GCGCAUGCGCAAAAUGCAUAGAGACGUGAAGCUUUAUCGUCAACAACCUCGCGAAUUUGUACCGUCCUAGAUCUUUAUACCAUUUAAUUUGGAGGGAAAUCAAUUUCUUUUGAAUAAAUAUCACCAUGAAAAGAAGUAAAAAGAAUGCUGGAAAUCAGGCAAAAGAAUUCCACCUUCUAAAAGAAUCAAGAGAGUCCCUUGAAAAAAUGUUCAAAGAUCUAACCAAAGACAAUAUCGGUACCCAGAAAGAAGGAAAGUUGGAUAGAUCACAGUUUAGAGACGUGCUCCACAGAAUAUUUAAGAUGACAGAUGAUGUUAUAAUGGACAGAGUCCUGAGGGCAUUUGAUAAGAAUAACGAUGCCUGCAUCUCCAAGGAUGAGUGGUUAUCCGGUCUCUCCGUCUACCUGGAAGGAAACCUGGAACAGAAAAUUGAAUUUUGUUUCCAGGUGUAUGAUCUCAACAGUGAUGGCCAUAUUUCAAGAGAGGAGAUGUUUCAUCUUCUAAAGACAUCGAUCGUGAAGCAACCGACGGAGGAAGACCCUGAGGAGGGAAUCAAAGAUCUGGUUGAGAUCCUCAUCAAGAAAAUGGAUAUUGAUCACGACGGAAAGCUGUCUUAUCAUGAUUUCAGGACAUCUGUAUAUGCUGAGCCGCUACUCCUAGAAUGCUUUGGGACAUGUUUACCGGAACAGAGGACUUGCGAGAAUUUCAUGUUGGCAUGCAAACGACGGAUGAUGGAGGAUCCGCUGUUUCCAGAGCCUCGUUUACCUCAUAAGGGUUACCGAAGUACGGAGUGUUGUUGCUCUUCCGAUGAUGAACACGACGAGGAGGAGGAUGUCCUGCGAAUAAUGGAAAUUGUACAGGAGAGAUCCAAGGGGAAACACGCCUCCCACUCCCUGGGGAGUGCUGUGUCCGGUAAUUGAUUCAUUCAUGGCGAUGUUUGCAGAACCAAACCCGUAGCAAGUUCCGUCAAGGAGUCCAGUACUCAUUCCAAUUAUUCCAUACUUUUAAUAUAUCUUUAAAAAAAAAACAUAUUUAUUAUAGAUCAAGGCAUGGGAGAACAUCACCCAAAACAUGCAUUUUCAAUGUGUUACACUGCCUGUAUUUUGUUAUAAAAAAUUAUACUGUCAAUAUCUUUGGUGCCUUGUUACAUGAAAGAUAUAAAUGAUCUUACGAUUGAUAUCAGGCACAAGUCUUUGGCAAAUAAAGCCUAUAUUUACUAUUGAUCAUAUGAUUGCCAUUGAUAUUGUAAUUCAUUUCAUGUGGCAGUGUACAGAUUUCAUGAAAACGUUUACUAGUGGUCAGCAUGCGUGACCUCGGUGAAGAUUUAUUGUAAAGUUCCGAUGGGUGUUUACAUAAAGCGGUUUGUAAGCCACAUGUACGAGUCGCUUCAUGAACGACUGGUGAUCCUCAAUUCUUAAGAGCUAAAUCAACACCAAUGAAAAUUGGCCAUUUGGUGCACACAAUUUUCAACGAAAAAUAGAAUCACUAUUCAUUCAUGAAGUCAAUUGUAACUUACCAACAGCUUAUUAUGAAACACCUACCCGGGUAAAGCUCAAUCACUGGUGUCCAAAGAAUGAUAUUUAUGAAUAUGAAAAUUCCCCACUCCCUUUCGUGGCUUUAUGUGUAUACAUGUAU